AUGUCAACGCCUGCAGAUCUCAGAGAAUGUAUGUUUUUGUUGUUUUUUUAAUUGUUUUAGGCUUGUUAACGUGGUAUUUGAUGAAAACCUUGUUCGUUUUUGCUAGCUUUUUAGUUUGUAACAGGUUUAUUAUAGCACCGGAAAGUUCUUUUUAACCUAAAAGUUCUUAUUUUAGUUGUGAAAAAGCAAUGGAUGGCCAAAAUUGGAGAGAACGUUAUGAACGGAAAGCUGGAAGACGCGGCAGCGAUGGGAAAACUGGCCGACGAUGUUGUUGUUUUUGUUGAAAAGCUGAUAAAGGACAAUUCAAUGUUGUUUCACGACAUUGUUGAGAAAAAGAAUGGCGAAGCAAUGCCAAAGUUGAUCAAACCAGCGGAAAAUGUACUACAUGGAUUAUCUCCGUCUUCUUCUGUCAAUACCUUGGCGUCUAACAUGGAGACAAUGUCAGUUACAUCGAAAAAUAGUAGAAGUCGACGAGGUCGUGGAAAGAAGGGGGAUGAGGUAUGUUUUUUUUGAGUUUUGAAGUUUAGGUCUAUGUUAACAUGGAGUUUUGUUCGGUGUAGGCUAAAUAAUUAACAUAAUAUGAUUUUUUUCAGGCUUGUGAAACUUCGUCAGUGACUAGCUCAAAAAUUGACAAAAGCGACAAGAUUCCAUUUGAAUUCUCUUUUUCUAAAACAGACACAGCUUUCUUCAUUUGUUGUGGUGGAUGGGACAAAUCAUGCAUAACGUGGAAAUCUUACAUAUAUUUUAGAAGCGGGUUUCCUGAUGAUGUCAAGCAAGGUUUCGAGAGCUCAAAGGCCUUUUUGACUACAACUUUGAAGAAUGUGGCGAUCAUGUCAAAUAUUCACUGGGCGAAGCUGGCCGAUAUGGACAAGGUGAAGAAAGGAUUGAAGGUAAGCUUUGUGGGUUGAAGGAUAAGUUGUAAUAUUUUUUUCUGGAAUUUCUCGCUUAAUUGAAGUAGUUGUGACAUAAUUUAGGGCUACUUUGAACUUGUUUUGGCUUGUUUUGACCUUAUAUUUCGUUCCUAGAACUGCUUUUACACAAUUUCGAAAAUAACAUUUUCAGGAUUUACUAUCCACGAUCACCACAAAAGCUCCGAACGCUCGCGUCAGGUUCUGCGGUCUUAUCAGAAAAGAUUCUCAUAGCGGUGUGACGAUGUACAAUGCUACAUUGAUGAAUGUUUGCCAUGAAUUUCCAACAGUUACUUACAUCGAUCCAGACACGAUUGUUUGUGCGAUGAAGUGGUACGGAGCUGGACUUUCAAAUGAAAUGAUUAAAGCAAUGUUCAAGGAAGUUACUAAAACCUCGGGUUAA